AUGGAUAUACAGACAUUAGCCGAUACUGCCCAAGAUGGAGCUGAGAUACCGCUUCUGCAAGUCGCAGUCGACGGCACAAUUGAGCAUCACACAAGAAAGGCCGACGCGCUUCCCAUCGCGGUGCGACAAAAUACCGCUCCUCUGAAAGACCCUUACGAGCGAAUAAUUCUUCCCGGACUGGGCGUGGACUUUGACAAUAUCUCUGAUUUCUCGUGUAGUAAGAAAUUGAAGGAGAGCAGAAGUAUGCGCUCCGCAAAUGAGCUUCAAGAUGCCGACAACUUGUACAAAUACAUUAUACAGUAUCUGAACCUGUUACCUGUGCAGAUCUACAUGAGGGUACGCGGCUCUCGCCGCGACAGAUCCCAACCACAGAACAUCGUUGUGGAUUUCGAUUUUUGCGUGCCACUUCGGGGGCUCGAUGGCACUCAUUGUGGUGAAGCCUUCAAAACUACAGAUUGGUUUCACAUUUUGGUGAAGCUUGAUCCGGCGCCCGGUAUCGAGGACAGUGUUAGCGAAAACUCUGGCGAUUUCCACGACCUGCGCAAAUGGUGCGAUCUCUAUUGCGCUCACAAAAGCAUACGCAAGUGCUUUCAGGUGACGCGAGACCUGUCGUAUCUUGAUUUCGAUGCGAUCGGGACUGGUGUAACUUCACUAUUACGUCCACAGUACCUCGGGAAGGUCGAGAUUGGCUUCACACAAGUUGACAAGCAUGUUCAUAUCUGUCCUCCAAAUGCCCUGGCUCAGAUUCAAGCGGAUGUGGAAAGAGCGAGACUCAUCACCGAUGCUGUAUUGAUACCAAUCUACACCAUUGGUAUACUAUGGGGUUUAGUGUUGUUGACAAUGUCAGUCGUGGUGGUUCUGACGUUCUUCGUGGGGGACGAAGGUGAAGCCCCUUCUAUGGCAGCUUUCUGGUUCCGCGGCCUUUGCUAUUACGGAGCUGCCGCAUUGACUUCACUUGUCUUGAAACAGUGCCUCAAUACUAUUUUCGUCGACCCUUACGAAGUCAAGCGAUGGAACAACUAUACGAUAAUUCACGCAGCUAAGAAAUCAGACAAGGAUUCAGCGGCGAAGCAUCCAGGACUGAGAGAAGCACAAUGGGUUCGGGCCUAUGCUGGACUUCUGCGCCGGCUGGCCGAGGGAAACUUCGAAGGCAACGCGGCCAGUUUUAUGGCUGCAUCCGCAUCAAGAUGA